CUGGUACUUAGGCCAAGUGGAUUCAUGUCGUAGAGGACAGUUUACGACAAUGCCUCGAGUCACAUUUGAAGAAAAGAGCAAAUAAUCACCCGCAUGGGACACUAAUGUCAGGUACCUUUCUAUUCCUCAAUGAAUAAAAUCGCGCAGGUGCCUGUGUUGUGCAUAUAUAGUGCGUAGGCCUUCCCUCUCUUCUUCCUUCCACCCAUCAACAACCAACCCAAGACAACGAGCAACUUCCCCUCUCAUCAAAGGCAGCUCAAGUACCUCAUUCAAGAUGAUGUUCACCAAGCACAUUAUGAUGGUUCUUACCGUCACCAGUCUCGCCUUGAGCUCUCCUCUCGCGAGACGCAGCACUGGCGAAACCGUCAUUGGCGACCUCUCUAACGUCUCUCGCGACUUUAGCGCUAUUGAAAAUGCAAUGCAGCUCUUCAACGGCAGCUCUGCAAGUGCUGCACAUGUUCCUGUAGCUGUUACCUCGCUCGAGGGUCAUCUGCAAGCUACGGCCAAUAAUACUGCUCAUUCGCCGAUGUUCAGUCCAUCGGAGAGCGUAACCAUCACGAACGCUUGGGACGAACUGAAGUCUGCGUAUAGUGAUUCCUUAGAAGGUGCCAUUAGAAAGAAAGCCCAAUUCCAGAAGCUUGGCAUGGCAAAUGCAAUGGUCAACAACUUCAACGUCGUCAGAGCCGACACCAACAAGGUCUCCAAUGAGCUCAAGAAAAAGGUCGGGCUUCUUGAUAUUCCGGUCAUCACGUUGGCUACCUCGCAGAUGGAUGGGGCGUUGCAGGCUGCCAUUGAAGCGUAUGCUAGCAAGAACUAGAGCAUCUAGGUCUUCUUGUCGGAUGAAACGAUGAGACUCAGACAAAGGGCAGCAUUUACAGUUAGCAUUGUUUUAAGAGAUAGGCAAUAUGCAUGGGUGAAGAUUGAUCUCUACCUGGAGGAAAGAUGCUUAGGAAAUAUGUUUAGAUAGCAAGAAGAAUAGGGGGCGAACAGGGAGAGUUUAAUAUUAUCG